AUGGAGACUGGUACCAACACAGCUCAUACUGCUCUCUCGGCGCUGGCUGCCAUUCUGCAUGGCUCCAGCGUGAUCCCUCCGGUGGAGGGAUGCAUACCGGAUGCUUCUGUGAAGGCCAUCUCGGCUUCGACCCUCACGGUGGAGACGACCGAGCACGAACAGAGCAGUCAGGACCCGGAUGGUUUGCCUCCUACCUGCCGCUCUCCAACCUGUGAGAGCAUCCACGGCAACGAUGACAGCGUCAUGGACAGCCGAGAGAGUGUGCUGGACCACCAGGCUGUGAAACCGCCUGAACCUCAGCCAGCAGAUGACUCCGUCUUUGGUUCAACUGAUGGUCUCCAGGCCAUCAGUAGGAGACCAGUCGCGGCCCAUCCUGGGACAGACAUCCAUCACUCGACCGCCAGCUACGCGCCCGGCGACAACAGCCUAUGGGUUUCCGAUACGUCCAAACCGCACCACCUCCCCUCACCUCCCAGCUCGGAAGGCGACUCGGCCAUUGUCAUGGAAGCCGUCACCGACCCCCUGGCCAGCCUGGAAGUGACCCCCACGGAAGAAGUCUCCGCCGUCGAGGCCGCCGAAGCCGCCAACGCCGUCCUCGACGAGAGGGUCUUCGCGCUCCUCACCGUCGAGUUACGCCACAAGAGCGCGGUCCGGGACCCGCCGCCGUUCCUCGCAGAGAUGUACAAGUGCCUCACCAAGACGCAAGAAACGGAAGGAAUAGUCUACGUUCUCGCGCACACAGAGGACCCCGCCCUCUUCAAGAUUGGUUACACUGGGUCCUCGGCGGAGAAGAGGCUCGCGCAGUCGAAUGGCUGCUACAAGGCCAACACGCAGAUCAUCCACGAGACGCACGGCGGGCCGUUCUUCGCGGCGCGAAAGGCGGAGAAGCUGGCGCGCCUGGCGCUGCGGCACGAGAAUCUCGUCGUCACGGCUUGUCCGGAGUGCGGAAAGCGGCACAUGGAGUGGUUUCGCACGCCGAGGGAGACGGUCAUCGAGACGGUCGAAAGCAUGGAGCGAUUGGUCCAGCUGCCGGCUUACGAGAGGGUUGAUGGGAAUGUCUGGAGGCUGUCGCAGGCUGUUCACGAUGCGAUGAACCACGUUGCGGUAGCGAGCGUGGUGGAGAAUGUCAGCGGCGGCCACAGAAGAGCCACCGAGGUAUCGGAGAGCGGCAGUCCGAUGAGCGCGAGGAAGAACAGCAUGGAGUACAUGACGAGCCAGUGCGCUGAUAUGAGUCUUGGGGCACAGAAGACGGACAUUUAUGGCGGUACCGAGGGGGACGUGAUGCCUUCGCUUGAGGCUGGUGACAACCAUGUCCCUGAAAGCCCGACGCCGAAGAAAAGAUGGCCCAAGCGGCUUGCUGCUCAAGUGCACAAGGCCAAAACAGUCACAAAGGCGAUCAGAAAGUCUGGAUCCCGGCACAGCACCCCGGAAGUGGAUGGUGGCAGGCCCUGGUCGUGGUCUCCGCGGAGGGACAGGGACAGUGCCGGCAGUCCAUCUGACGAUGUCAAGGACGCCAUAAUGGGCGUUUUUCUGAGUUUACUUUCUGAGAAGGACAAGGAUCAGUAUUCGAAACGCAAUAAGGAAGACGGGCUGGCGUUCGUGCAGUUUGUGGGCAUCUGCAAGCAGAAUGUGUGGGGGAUUUUCACCGACAUGAAAGACGAGUGGAGGGAGCAGAACCGAGCGGCUGAGGCAUUGAAGUCCAAGGGGAGGUAG